AGCAUAGACCCAUCACGCAUACGCAUACACAUACGCAUACACAUACGUGCACACCCGCACGUACGAACGGAGGAGACCGACGGAUCUCCCGUCCUACGGCGCCAAUUUAAUGGAUCCGACCAUCGGUUGGUACCAACCGGAGCAGUACGGCCCCGCCAAGGACCUUUGGUUAAACAUCUGGGAGGCUGAGAAGGGUCUCGACGUUCUGACUCUGCGUAACGACGCGAACACGAGCAACGCGAUGGGCGUGCGGCUGCAGCAGGACUUUCUCGCGCUGGACACGAGCCCGGCGGCAGCGGCAGCAGCGGCGACGGCGGCGGCGGCAACGGCAACCGCGGCUGGCACCACGCCGUUGUCCAACACCACCGCCACCACCGUCGGCAGCAACGCCGGCACCGGUGGUUUCAUCGUUGGUGGUAAUAACGGCAACGGGAACGGCAGCGGCGGCAACAAUAGCAACGGUAGCAACGGCCGUGCCGCAUCCACCGUCCACGGCAAUGCCGCCGGUAACAGCAACGGCGAACACCGCGUGCCCCACAACGCCUGCAACUAUUAUUACAACCCGUCGCGCAGGAAAGGCGAGAAUCGUGCGAGCACCUACGGCAUGAAUUAUAAUUACGACGCCCUCGUAGGCGAAUACGGUGGUUGUCCUUGGCGUGUGCCGAACAAACACUACUCCAAGGGGGUAGUCGGAUUACAUGAAGAAAUAGAAGAUUUUUUUGCAUACAUGUGUCCCUCACAUGAAGAGCAUGUUUUACGAUUGAGAGUUGUAAAGAGAAUAGAGAAUGUAAUUUAUGAUCUCUGGCCAGACUCUAAAGUCGAAGUGUUUGGCAGUUUUCGCACUGGUUUAUAUUUGCCUACAAGUGAUAUAGAUUUGGUAGUAAUAGGGAUGUGGACAAAUCUUCCAUUGCGUACUUUGGAACGUGCUUUACUAGAUCAAAAUAUUGCUGAGCCAUCUUCUAUUAAAGUGUUGGACAAGGCUAGUGUGCCGAUCGUCAAAUUAACCGAUAAAGAAAGUGAAAUUAAGGUGGACAUCAGUUUCAAUAUGAAUAAUGGCGUCAAGUCCGCUGAGUUGAUAAACUCCUUCAAGAGGCAAUAUCCAGUUCUAGAGAAAUUAGUCAUGGUAUUAAAACAGUUUCUACUACAGAGAGAUCUUAAUGAAGUGUUCACUGGCGGUAUAUCCUCAUACAGUUUAAUUCUCAUGACCAUCAGUUUUUUACAAUUACAUGCAAGGCAGAACGUUCAUUGUCCAAACGCUAAUCUGGGAGUGUUGUUGAUCGAAUUUCUAGAGCUUUAUGGUAGAAAGUUUAAUUAUGUUAAGACUGGCAUUCGUGUGAAGGAUGGUGGUACUUACAUAUCUAAAGAAGAGGUUCAACGAGAUAUGAUAGAUGGUCAUCGACCAUCUCUGUUAUGCAUAGAAGAUCCACUCACACCAGGAAAUGAUAUCGGCCGCAGUAGUUACGGUGCUUUGUAUGUAAAGGAUGCAUUUGAUUGGGCCUAUUUUAUUCUUUCUCAAGCGGUCAGCCCCUUAAAUAUCUUAGUCAAUGACGCCAGCAAAGUAAGCAUAUUGGGAAGAAUAAUUCGCGUGACCGACGAAGUAAUAGAAUAUCGUAGGUGGAUCAAAGAAACAUUCCUCUUACCUGUAAGCGAAGGAGACUCUUUGUCAAGCUCAACUGGUUCUGAUGCAUCCACUCUUUCAGCUCCCGCCAGUGAUACCGAUUCCGAGUGCAGUCGUGGCAAUUCUCCAAACACUGGUGGAAAGAGCGAAAGUGACAAAAACAAAGAUAGGCACUUUUAUAAUAGUCAUCAAAUUCAUCAUUAUUCUGGAAAAAAAGCAUUCAAAGCAGCCACUCAUGCCAAUCACCAACAGAGUUUCAAAGGCAGUUAUCAUCGCAUCAACAACAAUAUAGUUGGUCAAAACAAGACCAAGCACGCACUCCACAAUAAUGGAAACAACAAUAAUAAUAAUAAUAAUAAUACUAGUCACAGUCCAAGCUCUAGGCCAAACUCAAUGAAGAGGAAGAAGCAAUGUACGAUGCAACGCGGGACUGGAGAUUGUGUACGGUGAUGAAACGUGCACGAUAAUUUUGGACAUUACUUCCGUCACUUAAGUAGCGAGCUCAAUAUCAUAACUGUGUGAUAGAAAGACAGCGAUUAAUGUCACAUAACUGAAUCAUCCUACACAACUCCUUCGCUUUCAGUUUCAAUUUAAUGUACAGAAGGGCACAACGCGUUUACGGUUCUCAGAGAACUAACAAUUUAGAAAUUUUAUGAUUCUUGUGCAAAACAAGAAUGCCCAAAAACAGUUAUAUAUUAUAUACUCAUGUAUACAUAUUUCUUUUUUUUUCUUAUUUUUGCCAGAAUCACAUUUGCUCUGUACGCAAAAGUUUAUAUAUUAUAGACGUACAGAAUUUCUAAUCGCGAAUCAAGAUAAGAUCCAUUUAUAUGUCAUUUUCAUUGCACAGGCUAUAAACGAUAUAUCCAGUGUGAUAUUUUAUUAUCAUUUAUAAAAAAAAUCAGAAAGUUUAUCAUUGCCAUCGUCAAAUAGUAAUUGUGUUCACAGCCAUGAUAAGUAACAUAUUGUAAUACAUUUGUAGUAUGAAUAGUAUACACAAACAAUAAGUUAUACAUUUCUCUCAACAUACGAAACUACAAAACAUGCUGAUAGUGACAACAAAUAUAUACUUAGUUUUCUAUACGAAACUAUAUUCUUAUAACAAAAGGGUGACAGCAAAUUUGGUGAUAUUGGGACUUAUCUAAUGUACAUAUUGUAAUAUACAUCAUCAAACAUAGAACAGUAAGUCUAAGAGUUACCUACUACAUCUUUUUUUAACUUAUAAAUAUCUAAAAUAAAGUGUUUAUUAUAGUGAUUUUACCAUAAAAAUUCGUGGAUGAAGUCAUAUCUAUUUCAAAGUAUAUUACUGUUUUUCUAUUUUUUUUUUCUCUUAAACACAAAUAUAUCGUUGCUAGAUGAUUUUGGUAUGUUUCUCAGAUUUUAAAAUUGCAAAUUUAUGUACUAAUAGUACGAUGGUAAAAAAAAAUAAUAAAAUUUUGAAUAUUUUUAAAAAAUAGCUUAUAUUAUCGAGACAGAGUGAUGACAACGCUUCGAAUCUUCGCAGUCUAUUUCGUAGCAACAAUUUUUCUUUUGCAAGUUAGCUUUAUAUCUUCUUUUGUACAGAGACGCCAGUUUCUUAAUGUUAGUUCGUAAUUCUUAAUAUUCCCUGAACAAUGAUGUAUUAUUUUUAUAUCAGAUAAUUAAAACGUUUGUAUUAUACAAAGGGAAAAAGAACGAAGAAUCUGAUAU